CAGGGUAUUCAGGUGUAUGCGAUUGCGUUGGAGUUAGUAGCGUGGUGCAAAUGUUAUUAUAACAUUCAGAAUUGUUUCUAAAUUAUAAUGCAAGAAGAUGAUGAUCCGGUUAUACAAGAGAUUCCUGUAUAUUUGUCCAAAGUGUUGGCAGAGAAGUUGUUCCUUUACCAGUAUCCAGUGCGGCCAAGGGGCGUUAGCUAUGAUGACUCCAGAGUUAUACAGAGCUGUAUCAAACCCGAGCACCAAGAGGUUAAGCUGGAGCUGGCACUGGACCUGCGUAGCACCAACUAUGACACAAGCAAAGGCGAGCAGAUAGCGUGCAAUGUGGAUGGCAUUGCUGGCAGCAAGAAUGAGAAGAAGACUGAAGAGAAGUUCUUUAAGAAUGACAUCAUGGAUAAGCAGAUAUUGCAGUCUACACGUGCGCUGCCUGACACAAGCAAAUAUGCUGUGGCCAUGUACCACGACAGAGAACUACACAUCACCCCAUUACGUGGCAUCGUACAUCUGCGUCCUUCCUUCCCUUACCUGGAUAAGUCAGAUAAACGUGCUAAAGAAGAGGCAAAGGAUCAAGGAGAGGAUUUGUCUGGAGAAGAUGAGGCACAGCAGGUAACAGUGAAGUUUGCACAACAAGAGACAGAGAGGAAAAAACGAGCAAGGGAACGUUCAUUUGGCUACUUGAGCAAGAAGAGUGCUGAGGAGCCCUGGUUCGAGACAGAAUUCCACAAUUCUCACUCAGAGAAGGCUGAGCUUGAGAGGGGGAAGCUGUAUUGCACCAAGGUUGAUGAACGGGUGAACGAGUUGAGCUUGGGAGUGGAGGAAUACUUGAAGUAUUUGGUUCCUAUUGAGGAGACAGAAAAUCCAUCUGCAUUGGCAGGACGAUCAGAUAUGUCUCUUAGCCACCUGAAGCUCCUUCCUGUUGUGGAUCAAGUUAGGAACCUGCUUAGAGAAGCCAAGUUACUGCAGUUCUCACAGUUGGUAACACUGCUGGGACUGACUGAUGAUACAGUCAGUCUCCUACGGACAGUACAGCAGGUGGCGGUUCUAGUACAGGGUAACUGGGUUGUGCGGAGUGACAUUCUGUACCCAAAGGACACAGCCAGCAGUGUCAGUGGAGUCCCUGCCGAACUCAUGUGUCGUGGUAGAGACUAUAUCUUAUACUUAUUUACUCAGAAUCGUUAUGUCGAUCGACUGAGAGUGUCAGGUGUGAUCAAGUUGCCAUCAGAAGAGAUUAGGGAGAUCCUGGACCAAAUCUCAAGGUUACGGGUCAACAAGGGCUGGGAAUUGCGACUCCCAUUUGACAAGGACUUCGUCAGCCGAUAUCCAGAGGUAGUCCAGAGGCAGCAGAUGUGGUGGGAGGCGAAACAGAAACAGUUGACUGAAGCAUUAAGAGAGGGCAGUACUGGAUCUUCAUCCCCUGGCAAAUCAAGACGAAAAUCCAACAGAGAUUCUUCAGUGUCGGAUAAUGAGGUGUCAGGUGAUGGCAGACCAUCCCCAAAACGCAACCAGCGGAGGAAAGCCAAGUGUCAGGAGUCACUCAGCUCAGACGAGAGUGGAGCAGAGAGUGCACAUGGCAUGAAGCAGCCUCAGAACAAUUGUGUGAUGGGAGCAAAAGUUCCACGAAGGACGAACAAGCAGAACAUACCAACAGCUGUAAUCAGUGUUGAGCCAAUGGAGACAUGACGCGUGUGUUAGCUUCUUCUAGAGUUGGCUUGUAUAACGCACUGUGUAUAUUAUUUGAUGUAUUUUCUUUCAUGCAAGCUUGUUCUCUGCCCUUCAUUGGACUUUGUACAGUAGACUUCCUUUUCUGCAGCGGCAUCACAGUGCCGACAGUAUUUUGUUAUAUUUAUUCUAACAGAAAGUUCUGAAGCCCAUCUCCACUUUCUUUUUUCUAUAAACUUCUGCAUUUAUACUCCUAUCCAAAGACAUUCUUGCAUUGUGUAAUGGUAUUUUUUUAUUAUUAUUCCAUGAUUUGGACAGAAGUUGAUGAAUUUGAUACUGAACCUGUUAUUUGUGUUUAUACCAGGAUCUUGUCAAAGGGCUGAAAUGCCGAGUAAUGUGCAUCUCUUGAAUGUUAAUAUGGCUGAAAUUUAACACAAAGAUGCAUAUAUUGGUUUUGUUGAAAGUCACAGAUUAUGACUUCUGGAAAAAGAUAAACUACAAUGAGCACUGACUUCUGGGGGUGUGACACCAUGUUGUCUGGCAGAAGUUUUACUGAUGUUUCAAAGAAACAUACUGGCUCCAUCUUCGUGGUGAAAGAGUAAACUAAGGAAGCAGAGUGCUGAGCUUUGCUUAGUGAGGGGUGGAGUCCAACUGGGUCCACUCAGCACAGCAGCCACUGAUUGGCCUAUUGUAGCCUGCCCCAGAUGAUUCUUUACCCCUUUACCUCCAGGAAGAUUCCUGGUACUCAUUUCUAUUAGAGGCUGAAUUGAUCCUAGGGCUAUAAUAUGGCUGCAACGGUUACGUCAAUUGAAGCAACCUUCCAGCUUGUAGCCUAGUGCAUCAACCAACUAUGUUAUGCAUACCAACCAUAUGUGGUUGGCAUGCAUAACAUAUACCAUAUAUAUAUAUAUAUAUAUUGAGAUUUUCAUGGUGGUGAAUAUUUAUGUUAUGGCCUUGUAGAUUAUGACACCAUUUGGCCUGUAGGAGGUUGCAGAUGUUUUGGGAAAAUUCUGAAAAUAUAAGCAGUACAUUUCUCUGAAAUAUUGGUACCCAUCUACGAGACUAUAUGGUGUCAUAACCAGAAGACCACAAUCUUCAGUUUUGUAUCUUAGUAUCUUGCCAUGUAAAUACACUGUAUCCUUGCACUAGCAGAUAUGCUUCAAUUGAAUAUUAUUGUGUGUUCUUCCAUUAUGCACGACAUUGGUCAUAUGUUAAUUUGUCAGUUUUUCCAUAUAUAUAUACCUUGACAAGUUUUACUGAAUUUUCCACACCAAAACUGAAUCACUGCUUGGACCUACUAGUGAUCAUUAUGAUUUUGAAACUAAAUGUGAGCAUGUAUGUGUUCGCUUUGCAUUGCUGCUGCACACACAUACAAGAAUAUGGUGCUGUGACUGCACAUACAGCUACUGAGUGAUCUCCCGUUUCUGGAGGGGAAUAACAGUAGGUGGGUGGGACAUAUCAAGCCCAACCAUUCCUCCCAGUCUUGGGAUUUAUCUUGUUAACAAUACAUACACUAGCAACAAGCUUUGGGCUGGUUGACGUAGGACAGGAGCUGGAAAGGAAUACAAGAGUAGUCGGGGUGGGGGGAGCUUCAAGUGCUGUGACCCCCAUCCAGGGAACAUCUCUCCAUGGCCUCAGUAUGGACAGUUAUGUUGGUACAUUGCUUAUAUGCAGUCUCCUUUGUUAGAACCUCUUUGGAUUGUAAUGCAUUACACAGUAAUGGACAAUGUAACACUUCUGAAGAUUAACAUGGUCUUUGUAUAUCGAAUGUUAUUUUGUAUGUAAGUGAACAACAUCAACAUUUUAUUUUGGUGUGUUGUCAGACUUUUGUUUUUGCAUGAAGGAACAGUGCUGGUAAGUGUAACAGUUAAAAGAACAGUCUAUAGCUUUUCUGCAAUGUGCAAAUAAACUUAGGUUGUGCUAUAAAGUGUAAAAAUUAGUUUCUAGAGUAUCAUAAUAUUGAAAAUUGUGCUAAGAUGCUAAGAAAUAUACUGAUUAGUGAUUAUUUUAUGUUGACAGACAAUUUCUGAAGAAAGUAAAGUCUAAUUUAUUAUG